AUGUUUCUGAAUCGACACAACAAGGGCAUGAUCAAGUACCCGGGACCUUUUUUAGCCUCCUUGAGAAAUAUAUGGCGCGUGCGUGAUGCGUACGUGAACGGUGGCAUGCGUCCAUCUUAUGUUGCCUUGCAUCGCGUGUAUGGCGAUGUGGUGCGCCUGGGGCCUAAGGCGCUUUCAUUCGCUUCACCAGCUGCUGUUGAUGAUAUAUAUCAACCAGAAAAGAAUAUGGCAAAGGGUCACAAAAAGGAGAACAUCUUCUCAACUCGUGAUAUCCACUGGCACACUCGCUACCGCACCCUUGUUGGCCCUGGCUUUAAGAUCGUCAAUCUGGCACCCAAGGAAAAAGAAGUAGACGAGUUAAUCAAGAAGCUGCUACGCAACCUCAAUGAUGCGGCUCGCAGCAUAGAUAAAAGCUCUUCUCUCAUCGAUUUGCCGCUCCACCUGCAGCACUUCACAUUCGAUGCGGGUGGUGUCUUUGCCUUCAGUCAGCCGUACGGUUUCCUUGACCAGAAAACCGAUCUUGAUGGGAUUAUUCAAUCAGUUCGCGUCGGCUCGACGCAUUUGAACCGCGUACGCAUAACCAUCUGGGACAUGACAGUUUAUUUUAGCUUUAUCGCGCCUCCAAUGGCAUUUGCGAAGAAGUAUUUGCCUGCUCAACGGAUCGAAGAGCAGCUUAACAACCCCAAGGCAAUGGGCCAGCAUCACGACUUGCUGGACCAGUUCCUAGAGGCACAUAAGAAUAGCCCGGACAUUGUCACUCGGAACGAAGUGGUCGAUCUCGAGCUAAUAGUGGUUGUGCCUGCUUCUGAGGCUGUUCGUACUGCUAUCGCAGCCCUUAUCUAUUAUGCCCUCAAAGCCCCAGUGGUUUUGACAAAACUGCGCCGCGAAAUCGACUCCUUAGGGUUAGGGUUUAGUCCAUGCCCAUUCAUGCAAGUUCCAAAGCACGCUAAAUGUCGAAAUAUGUAUGUCAAGCUGGAGAUGGAUAAAACAGAAUUAAAGACACACCCAGGUUACAUGGCUAUAUCUCUUUACUGA